GGGAUUGGGCGGGCGGUGGAGCUGCGCGGGAGUGUCGCCAUCGCCGCCGCUGAUCGCGAUGCCCGCGGCCACGAGCCCCGCGGCGCCGGCCGCGCAGGAGGCACUGGAGGCGGCCGGUCGCAUCAUCGACCGGCAGAUCCAGGACGACCGCUGCUACCCGGACCUGUCGGAGCUGCUGGCGGUGCCGGCGCCCGGUAGCCCUACUGUUUCUGGUAUGUCGGAUAUGGAUUAUCCUUUACAAGGACCAGGUUUGCUGUCAAUACCUAAUCUUCCAGAGAUCAGCUCAGUCCGCAGAGUCCCACUUCCACCAGAGCUAGUGGAGCAGUUUGGACAUAUGCAGUGCAAUUGUAUGAUGGGAGUAUUUCCAGAGAUCAGCAGAGCUUGGCUGACCAUCGACAGUGACAUCUUUAUGUGGAACUAUGAAGACGGGGGAGAUCUGGCUUAUUUUGAUGGCCUUAGUGAAACUAUUCUUGCAGUGGGUCUUGUAAAGCCAAAGGCAGGUAUCUUCCAGCCUCACGUACGACACUUACUUGUUCUGGCUACACCAGUGGACAUUGUGAUUUUAGGGCUUCAUUGUUCUAAUAUACAACCAGGUACUGGAUCACUCAAUGACAGCAUGUCUGGAGGAAUGCAGCUGCUACCAGAUCCUCUGUAUUCACUCCCUACCGACAAUACCUACAUCCUGGCAAUUACCUCCAGUGAUAACGGGCGCAUCUUUUUGGCUGGAAAAGAUGGCUGCUUAUAUGAAGUAGCAUACCAGGCUGAAGCAGGCUGGUUUAGUCAGCGCUGUAGAAAAAUAAACCAUUCAAAGAGCGUGCUGUCUUUCCUUGUUCCUUCAUUGCUGCAGUUCACAUUCUCAGAGGAUGAUCCUGUGGUUCAAAUUGCCAUUGACAACUCUCGAAAUAUCUUGUACACCCGCUCGGAAAAAGGAGUCCUGCAAGUUUACGAUUUGGGGCAAGAUGGUCAAGGAAUGACCAGGGUUACUUCUCUUUCACAAAAUGCUAUAGUUUCUGCUGCAGGGAGCAUUGCCAGAACAAUAGAUCGUUCUGUAUUUAAGCCUAUUAUUCAAAUAGCAGUAAUUGAAAAUUCUGAAUCCAUAGACUGUCAACUACUAGCAAUCACCCAUGCAGGUGUCCGACUGUAUUUUAGUACUUCACAAUUUAAGCAUCCAACAGCUCGUCCUUCCAUGUUAACUUUGGUUCAUGUCCGUUUGCCACCUGGAUUUUCAGCUUCCUCUAAUGUAGAGAAGCCCUCAAAGGUUCACAGAGCUCUUUAUAGCAAAGGGGUCCUGCUGAUGGCAGCUUCAGAAAAUGAGGAUAAUGACAUCCUGUGGUGUGUCAAUCAUGAUUCUUUUCCUUUUCAAAAGCCAAUGAUGGAAACACAGAUGACCACCCGUGUUGAUGGACAUUCUUGGGCUCUUUCCGCUAUUGAUGACUUUAAAGUUCAGAAGAUUGUAACACCACUAAAUAAAGAUAUUAUUCCAAUAACUGACUCACCUGUUGUUGUGCAACAACACAUGCUGCCACCUAAGAAGUUUGUUCUGCUUUCAGCCCAGGGAAGCUUUAUGUUUCAUAAACUCAGACCUGUCGACCAACUGCGGCAUCUGCUUGUUAGUAAUAUAGGUGGAGAUGGAGAAGAGAUUGAAAGAUUUUUCAAGUUGCAUCAGGAGGAUCAGGCCUGUGCCACUUGCCUUAUUUUGGCCUGUUCUAAUGCUGCAUAUGAUAGAGAAGUGUCUGCCUGGGCUACUCGAGCAUUCUUCAGGUAUGGUGGAGAAGCACAAAUGAGAUUUCCAUCAGCUCUGCCUCCUCCAAGUAAUGUUGGACCUAUUCUGGGUUCUCCAGUUCCUACCGUAACAGGUCCAGGUGGAAGAUGGCACCAUUCUUCUGCUACUACUUUCUCGGUUUGCUCAAAGGGUUCCCCUUUGACUGUUGAUAGUCCAUAUCCUAAUCCUAGCUUUUUGACAUCUGGACAAGGUUUCCAACCUCCUGCUGUGUCAACUCCCGUAUUUCCUGCUGGGAAUUCCAUGUCUCACCCUGGUGCAUCUGUUAGUGGAAUGAUGGGUCCCGAGAUAGUAUUUUCUGGAAGACACAACGGCAUCUGCAUAUACUUUGCUCGUAUUAUAGGAAAUAUUUGGGAUGGCAGUAUAGUUGUGGAGAGAGUUUUCAAGAGUGGCAAUCGAGAAGUUGUUGCAAUAGAAAGCAGUGUUCCAUCCCGUGUGCUGGAAUGUGUGCUACAAGAGCUAAAAGGUUUACAAGAAUUUCUGGAUAGAAAUUCACAGUUUACUACAGUGGGAGCCCUUGGAAACCCAAGUUUCAGCACACCAGCCAAUCUCCAACAGAGACUCCUGGGUUUUAUGCGGCCUGAUGGUGGAAGUUCUCAGCAGGUCCAGCAAGAACUUCAAAGGAAAUAUCAUGCUGAGGCACAGCUAACUGAGAAGACUUCACUUCAAGGCAUCCAACAGCUUGUUCGCAAAACCUGCCAGGCAUUGGCUUUGUGGAAGUUACUGUGUGAGCACCAAUUCAGUGUUGCUGUAGGUGAGCUUCAGAAGGAACUUCAGGAACAGCUAAAGAUUACUGCUUUUAAAGACUUGGUGAUUAGAGACAGAGAGUUGACUGGAGCACUCAUUGCUUCUCUCAUAAACUGUUACAUCAGAGAUAAUGCUGCUGUGGAUGGCAUCAUUGCCCAUUUGCAAGAUAUCUGUCCUCUUCUUUAUAGCACUGAUGAUGCUGUGUGUUCCAAGGCAAAUGAACUUCUUCAGCGCUCUCGACAGGCUCAGAGCAAAAUGGAAAAAGAGAAGAUGCUGAGAGAGUCACUGAAAGAGUACCAGAAGAUCAGCAAUCAAGUAGACCUUGCUAAUGUUUGUGCACAAUAUAGGCAGGUGCGUUUCUAUGAGGGAGUAGUAGAACUCUGUCUUACAGCUGCUGAGAAAAAAGAUCCCCAGGGUCUGGGCCUUCAUUUCUAUAAAAAUGAAGAACCAGAAGAGGAUGUUGUUGGACUCCAGGCUUUCCAAGAGAGAUUGAACAGCUACAAGUGUAUCACUGACACCCUUCAAGAGUUAGUGAAUCAGAGUAAAGCUGCUCCUCAGUCUCCCAGUGUACCCAAAAAGCCAGGUCCUCCAGUGCUGUCAUCUGACCCCAACAUGCUAAGCAAUGAAGAAGCAGGGCACCAUUUCGAACAAAUGCUAAAGCUGGCUCAGCGUUCAACAGAUGAACUCUUCAGUAUUGCACUUUACAACUGGUUGAUACAAGCUGACUUGGCUGACAAACUGUUACAGGUUACUGCUCCCUUCUUGGAACCUUACCUGGUGCGGAUGACCAAGAUUGACCAAAACAAAGUUCGCUAUAUGGAUUUACUGUGGAGAUACUUUGAGAAGAACAGGAAUUUUAGUAAUGCUGCCAGAGUCUUGGCUAAGUUGGCUGACCUGCAUAGCACAGAAAUUUCUCUUCAGCAGCGUCUUGAAUACAUUGCACGUGCCAUUUUGAGUGCCAAAAGUUCCACGGCCAUAUCCUCUAUAGCUGCAGAUGGUGAAUUCCUACAUGAACUAGAAGAGAAAAUGGAAGUUGCAGGGAUCCAGCUUCAAAUACAAGAAACAUUACAGCGUCAGUAUUCCCAUCAUUCUUCAGUACAAGACGCAAUCUCCCAACUUGAUGCUGAGCUGAUGGAUAUAACCAAGCUUUAUGGAGAAUUUGCUGACCCUUUUAAGCUCUCGGAGUGCAAGCUUGCAAUUAUACAUUGUGCAGGUCAUUCUGACCCUAUAUUGGUCCAGACUCUCUGGCAAGAAAUCAUUGAAAAAGAAUUGAGUGAUAGUGUGGCUCUGAGCCCUGCUGACAGAAUGCAAGCACUUUGUCUGAAGUUGACACUGCUUGGAAAGAUAUAUGCUGGCACACCUCGUUACUUUCCUCUAGAUUUUUUAGUGCAGUUUCUAGAACAACAGGUCUGCUCUUUGAACUGGGAUGUAGGUUUUGUAACAUACACCAUGCAAGAAAUUGGAGUGCCAUUGCAAAGGCUGCUUGAAGUAUAUGACCAACUGUUUAAAGCACGGGACCCAUAUUGGAAUAGAAUGAAAAAGCCUUUACACCUCUUAGAAUGUAUUCAUGUAUUACUGUCAGGAUACGUACAGGAUCCAAGCAGAGUAGCUAUGAGGCGGAGAUUCACAAAUGUUUGCUUGGAUGCUGUCAGUUGCUACCUGGUUGAACUUCAGUCUAUGAGCCCGACACUAAUGGUUCAGACAACUGUUGGGAAUUUUAAAUCUCUACAGGCCAAGUUAGAACGACUUCCCUGAUUGACUAGUGCAGUAACAGAAUCGUUAGUGCAGGUAAUGGAAACUGCACUGAAUCUCUGAAAGAACAAAUCUUCAGAAAGAAAUCCUGAGGAAGUUGUUUCUCCUGCUGCAGUUUUCUAUUAUGUAUUCAUGCUAUUCUAAAGGUAUCUACAAAUUGUAGAAUGUAAAUGUGACAAAUGGAGUUUCUUUUACUACUACCAUUUUUUUAAUAAGAGAAAGCUUUUUUUUAAUGUUGAAAUAAAAUUCAUUGUUUGAUCUUUGCCUUGGGGAUAAGAAUAUUUAGAAAAUGUUUUUAUUUUACUUAAAGUAAUGAGGAAAAUCAGGAUGCAAAAUCUACUUGAUAGCUGUUUUAGAAUUAUCAAAACAAGAAAUGACAACUGCAGAAUGAUGAUAAAAGUGUAUGUAGAUGAGUCAGGUUGUAAAUGUGGUCAUACAGAGGAGUAAUGAUGCAGUCAUAACUACAAUAACAAAGAUAAUCAUUAUUUCAUAACUGUCACUUUAAAUACAGCCUGCCUCUCUAAAUAGAAUGUUUGGGAUGAAGCUGCAGAAAUUGGCAAUCUAAUUUGUAUUGUUAGUGAAAGAACUUUUAAUAUUGUUCAUCAAAUUAUUUUCCCUAUUCCAUUCUAAUAAAAUGUUGUAUCUGUUAAAAUCAAA